AUACAAGGCAGGCGGCGGAACCACUGAGACGGGGAACCGAAUGAAGACCACUGUGUCUUCCAGAAAGCCACAGCCUGUCUGUACCUCAGAGAUGGAGCCAGAAAAGAAAAACCCAGCAACCAUGGGGGAGCCUGAAACACUCUCGAUUCCAAGCCAGCCUUUUGUGGGUAAGCUCAGAAGAAGCAUGCUACCUCCAGAUCUGCAGAAGAAACAAGCUCGUGCCAAGCCCAGGUCUGCCGUGAGCUGUGCCCUCCCCAUGCAACUGCCCAGCUGCAUCUUCCCCAGCCCGGUGACUCUCAUCACCGCACACCCUGGCAAUGAGGUCAGGUACGGGCCCCACGAGGAGAAGCUGCAGAAGCCCCAGCAGCUGUGUGCAAGCUGGAGGCUGCAGGCACUCAAGCAACAAGGCACCGAAGAAAAACGUUUAAGGCGACUGCAUUUCACAAACGCCUUCCAAAUCCUGACUUCAGGAAGUCAAGGCAGAUCCCGGGGUCAGGCUGCUGCUGAGAGCUCAGGGCCCAGCCCUGGCCUGUCUCCCUUCUGGAAAGAGAUGAUCCUGGAAGCUUGUCAUCUCGUCUCUCCCUCUUACAACCAGCAGGUCACUGCGGCAGACGUCCAGAGACAGGCUCGGAAAGUGAAGAGAGCCAGGGAGAGACUGGCCAAGGCCUUGAGGGCAGACAGCCUGGCCAGGGAGGCAGAGAGGCUGAGCGGCCAGGAGGAGAGGGCUGAAACCCAGAUGGACACAGGAGCAGGAACUGGAGACUCCCAGGUGUGA